GUGGGGUGUGGAGGCAGGAAGGAAGGAAGGAAGGAAAGAGAAGGCAAACAAGAAAGCGAGCGAGCGGAGAGCCGGAGGGAGAGAAGAAAGCUGAGGCAAUCUAAAGUCCUGCUCUUCUUUCCCCCUGCCCCUCUCUGCCCCUUCCCCCACUGCUUCCCGCCAGAGGCCUGCUAAUCUUGUCAGUUUGUAUGCAGCGAAGUACAACGGGAAGAUGAAGUUCACUACUGGCAGAUUUCAUUCUGCUCCAUGAUUCACCUGCCUAUCUUCCAAUUAAUGUUGCCUUGAAGACAUCUCAACUUGAAAAUCAUAGAAUGAGAAGAAUUAUUGAAUCAAAUGAUGUGUCUUUUCAGAAUGUUAGAUGCAGGUUUGCAGUCUUUAAAAAAAAUCAGUUUGAACUGAAGAAACUUGAAGAAGCGUCUUGAAGAAACUGAUGUUCUCCGUUGGCUGGCUGACACCAGAUUUAGAGAGCGUUCACACAUCCUGACUAUAUUUCUACAUGACUGUGUGGGGCAAUAUUCAGAAUGAAGCUGCCAUCAUGUCAUCCACAGGCAAUGGCACUGAUAUUGAAGAAUUCUUGGUCAACAUUAACUUGGGGCAGUAUCUUCCUAACUUUAAAGAAUAUGGCUAUAACAUUGUGACAGAUUGCGUGGGAAUAAAUAACAGUGUGCUUCAGCAAAUGGGAGUGUUGCCUACGGGGCACCGCAGAAGGAUUCUUAAGCAAUUAGACACCACUCUUUCAAGAAUGCAAGGAAAUUCUCUUCUUUGUGAAAAUGUAGAACUCAAAGACUUGAAGGGUUCAGAAGAGAAACAAUAUUCAUCCUUGGAUCAGGCAUCUCCAGUAAGCAGUUCAAGUGUAGAUGGGACUAGCUUGAUACCGGCAACACUGCCAGAACAACUUCUUCCUAAAGCUUGCAUUGAUAAAGAAAGGUUUGAACUUGCAGAGCAAAACUUAUUGGAAGCAAAUGAUGAUAGCUUUACAAAUUUGGAUUUUUCUGGUUUAUACCAGAAUUCAGAAAGCAUACUAAAAGCUGUCAAUCUAAGUGGAAGUAUUAAGAUGAAUACUCAGCCAGAUACAUCCCUGGAAGAAGCUGCUGCAUACCAAGCUGAUGAGCACUUGGCUGGCUGUUUGGCAUUUCAUGAUCCUCCUUCUUCAUUUGCUUAUUCAUGUGAGACAAAAUACAAUGAAAACAAACAUCUGGAUGUUUUAUCUGAUAGUGAGCCAAAUUCUCCAUUCUUUAAGUUUAAAGGAGAAAUGAUAGACAAUGACUUGUAUGAUUCUUAUAUGCAAAAUUGCAUGAAAGGAUUUCCAAGAGCAACCCGGUCUUUUAUAUUAAGGCAUCGACCUGUACCAGAAAUUCCUGAAUCAAGUGAAGUUCAUGCUUCAUCAAGUUCCCUUCAGAAAAGAAGAAAUGUGGAUCUUGUAAAUAUUUCUUGCACUGGGAGGCACAUUUCACAAAACAAAACUUCCACAGAAGAAAAGCCACCCAUCAUCUCGCCAUAUGGGGAAACCUUUAUUCGUGAUGACCCUAAAGAUGUUAAAGAACUUCAUGGAAACGAAUUCCUGGCUUGUGAAAAUAAAACCGAUCUAGGAAUGAAUGAAGAGUAUUCUUCUUACAAGAAUCUAUGUUCCUGUAAUAAUCAGGAAGAGAAGUCAAAGGAAUUUGCAAAAAAUGAAUCCCUGCCUCAGGAAAAAAAAUCAUUAGCACCAGCAGAAUCUGAAGGUGAAUCUGUAUACUCCAUUGUGGAACAACAUUCUUUGCCUUUAAAGAAAAGGCAAAAUAAAGAGAAGGCACACUCAGCAUCUUGUAGUAAGAUACAAAGUGGAGAUUCAGAGUGCUUCAUCAGUGAACAAAUGCAUUUUUUGAAAUUUGAUGGCGAACAAACUUCAAUUGAAAAUGAUUCAAUAACACCAUAUGCUUGUUUUUAUGGACCAUCAGUAAAGAAGGUUAAAGCAGGAUGGCUGGAUAAAUUAUCCCCUCAAGGCAAACGCAUGUUUCAAAAGCGCUGGGUUAAGUUCGAUGGAGACAGCAUUUCCUAUUACAACAAUGAAAAGGAAGUGUUCUCAAAGGGAAUAAUACUGCUCUCUGCUAUAGCAACGGUAAGAGUUCACGGGGAGAAACAAUUUGAAGUUGUUACAUCCCACAGGACUUUUGUCUUCCGUGUGGAUAAAGAAGAAGAAAGGAAUGACUGGGUUAAUACAAUGCUCAGUGCCUUGAAAUCACAGUCUGAUAAUAACUCUCAGUCUCGAACUUCUGUCGCCCCUGAGAAAAGUGGAUAUCUUGAGCUGAAAGGAUACAAAGCCAAAAUCUUUAUUCUACUUCAGGGGAAUACUGUGUGGAUCUGCAAGAAUGAACAGGAUUUUAAGACAGGAUUUGGCAUCACUUUAAUCCCUAUGAAUGUGGCAAAUGUAAAACAAGUGGAUCGGACUGCUAAGCAAUCUUUUGAAAUAAUUACUCCUUAUAAAAGCUUUAGCUUUACAGCAGAGUCGGAAAGAGAGAAACAAGACUGGAUUGAAGCACUGCAGCAAUCGAUAGCAGAAACUCUGUCUGAUUAUGAAGUAGCUGAGAAGAUUUGGUUCAAUGAGUCCAACAGGAGCUGUGCUGACUGUAAAGCUCCCAAUCCUGACUGGGCAUCCAUCAAUCUCUGUGUUGUCAUUUGCAAGAAGUGCGCAGGACAGCACAGAUCUUUAGGACCAAGAGAUUCAAAGGUCCGGAGUCUGAAAAUGGAUGCCAGUAUUUGGAGCAAUGAACUUAUUGAGCUCUUUAUCAUAAUUGGAAAUAAGAGGGCAAACAGUUUUUGGGCAGGAAAUCUUCCUCCAGAUGAAGAGCUGCAUAUGGAUGCCCCUGCAGAAAAAAGGAUAGCAUUCAUUACACAAAAAUACAAAGAGGGAAAAUUCAGAAGAGCACCUUUUCCCUACAAAACCAAGGAACAGUUGAAUAAGGCCCUGUGUGCUGCCGUAGUUAAACAAGAUGUGCUAGAAACACUGAUGUUGCUGUUCAGUGGGGCUGAUGCUAUGUGUGCCACUGGAGACCCUGUUUACAGUACUCCAUACUUACUAGCCAAGAAAGCUGGACAAAGACUGCAAAUGGAAUUCCUGUACCAUAAUAAGUUCUCAGAUUUCCCAAACUAUGAUACUUGUUUUGAAAGUGGCUUCUCUGAAGAUUCUUCACAUUCCACCUUUCUUUGUGAAUUCUUAUACAAAGUUUCUUCUAACACUGCUAAGCUUCUUACAGAGAAGAAAUUAAAAGAAGAUUGCAACAGAAGAUGGUGCACUUUGGAAAGUGGCUUUCUGAGCUACUAUGAAAAUGAUAAAACUACCACUCCUAAUGGUAUGAUUGACAUCAGUGAAGUUAUCUGUCUUGUAGUGCACAAGUCAAACUUCUUUUUAAAUAGAGGGGAUAUCUUUACCUUUGAAAUCUACUUAAUGUCAGAACGUGUUUUUCUAUUUGGAGCUGAAACUGCAUAUUCACAGAGGAAAUGGACUUGGGCAAUAGCUAAGCAUUUUGUUCCCCCUGUGGCUGAAUGCUUAUUAGAGAGAGACUGUGACCUGAUCGGCCAGCUGUACUACAAAGAUUGCCAUAACCUGGAUCAGUGGAGGAAAGGCUGGUUUGCUAUAGAGAAGUCGAGCCUUUAUUUUUGCCUUGAAAUAGAGAAUGCUGAAGAAGAUUCCAUAUAUCUAAGGAGGUUGCAAGAACUAACAAUCAGUAGCAUGACGCAAAACGGAGAGAAAAUAGACGUCCUGCUGCUUGUUGAAAAAGGAAGAACACUAUACAUCCAUGGCCAUACGAAGCUGGAUUUCAUGGUCUGGUAUACUGCAAUUGAAAAAGCAGCAGGUACAGAUGGUAAUGCAUUACAAGAUCAGCAGCUCAGCAAAAAUGAUGUUCCUAUUAUAGUGAACAGCUGUAUAGCAUUUGUUACACAGUAUGGUUUAGGUAGCAAGCACAUCUACCUUAACAAUGGCGAUUCUUCCAAUGUGGCUGAACUGCUGGAAAGCUUCAAAAAAGAUGCAAGGAGUGUUAAACUAAGAGCAGGAAAACAUCAGCUUGAAGAUGUGACUGAUGUAUUGAAAAGUUUUCUUUCUCAGAUAGAUGAUGCUCUUCUCACUAAAGAACUUUAUCCAUUCUGGAUCUCUGCGUUAGAUACACAGAAUGAAAAGGAACGAGUGAGGAAGUAUGGAGCUUUUAUUCGGACUCUUCCACCGGUCAAUAGGGCAACUUUGGCUGCUUUAAUUGAACAUCUUUACAGGGUGCAGAAGUGUUCUGAAAUCAAUCAUAUGAACCCUCACAAUCUAGCCAUGGUGUUUUCCUCAUGCUUAUUUCAAACUAAAGGCCAAACUAGUGAAGAAGUCAAUGUGAUUGAAGAUCUAAUUAAAAAUUAUGUGCAACUUUUUGAUAUAAAUGAAGACCAGAUCAAACAAAUGGAUAUAGAGAACAGCUUUAUUACCAGGUGGAAAGACACUCAGGUUUCCCAGGCUGGAGACUUGCUUAUUGAAGUUUACGUGGAAAGAAAGGAGCCAGACUGUAGUAUUAUAAUCAGGGUAUCACCUUUGAUGGAAGCAGAAGAAUUAACUAAUGAUGUUUUAGCAAUCAAAAACAUUAUUCCCAACAAGGAUGAUAUCUGGGCUGCUUUUGAAGUACUUGAAAAUGGAGAACUAGAACGUCCUCUGCAUUAUACAGAGAAUGUACUAGAACAAGUUCUUCACUGGAGUUCACUACCAGAGCCUGGCACUGCAUAUCUGAUAAUAAAGAGAUUUCUAACAGCUGACAUGAUUAAAUUCUACAGUGAGAAAAAUGAGAAAGGUAGUGUGAAAGCCGGCAAUCUGAAGUACAAAGAAGAACCAUCAAAACUACUGUCUGGAAACAAAUUUCAAGAUCGUUAUUUUGUGUUACGGGACAGAAACUUGCUUCUUUAUAAGGAUACGAAGGCUAGCAAACCUGAAAAAGCGUUGCCUGUCAAUUCCCUGAAGCUUUAUCUUGGAGUGAAAAAGAAAAUGAAGCCACCAACAAACUGGGGACUUGCAGUAUUUUCUGAAAAGCACCAGUGGUACAUAUGUUGUGAUGGACAAGAUGUGCAGAUGGAGUGGAUGAUCAGCAUUUUUACUGCACAGCAUGCAGAUAUAUGGCCACCUGCUGGAAAAGCAAGAAAACAGUCUAUAACUAAAAGUCCAAAGAUCGGAGGCUUACCACUAAUUCCCAUUCAGCAGGAAAUCAGAGGGACUACAGAUAAUCUAGAACUGCAAUCUGAAAAGCAAAAAUUCAGUGAGCAUCAUGAAGGCUUUCUGGAAGAAAGAAAAAACUUGAAAGAAAAAGCAUCUAUUGUGGCACAAUGUUUGGAACGGAAGGAGGAGAAAAUGCAAAGUCAUGCAAAAACACAACAAAGCUUGAUCUCUGGUGAGCAUGUAGGUGCAGGGAUGACAGACCUAUACCAAAGACCACAUAAGGCAUUGAAGAAAAAUAAGAACAAAACAAACAAAACUUCUUUGGAAUUAGGUAACAAAUUGCCAUCAAAUGUGAUCAAGGAGUUAAAUACAGUCCUGCAGAAGAACAGAGCAGUUCAUGAUGAAACCUCCAGCUGAUUUCCCGAGUCUGAAGUUAUACGUGUGUGUGUGUGUAUAUAUGUAUAUACACACACAAAAAUAUAUAUACACGUGUGUGUAUUUUUUGGGCAAAAGUAGUCUGUUUUGAUAUGUGUAGUUUGUACAGUACAGAGGAAAUAUAAUUUGUUUAUAUGCAGCUGUUGAUUUUGUAUAUGCAGAUGCAGCAUGUUAUAAUUUAAGAUUGAACUGAGAGAACCAAUUAUGUAAAAAUCCUGAAAUUUGCAAGUUUUCCUAUGCAGUGCAGUGACACCAGGGUGUUUUCUGUUUUUUUUUUUGUUGCAGAUUUUUGUUUGAUAUAAUAAUUCUAAGCACUAUCAAAAGCUUUUGCUCUGUGUAUAUUCUAUACUAUCUUGUAAGUACUGGAGAGAUAUUUUUGGAAGGAAGACAAGAUAUACAGUGAAAUUUAUACUGUUGGCCUGCAAUAUUUUUAAUUGUCUAACACUAUAAAAAUGAGUAACAUCUGCUUUGAAGAGUGAUUUUUGCAUGGGCUGUUUUUUUUUUCUUAAUUUAAUAAUAAAAUUAGUAUCUGCUUGCAUAGAUUUGUCCUCUGACAGAGCGGCAUGUGAAAGAAUCAAAAGGGAGGGGAAUGUAGUAGGUAAGACAACAUAGUAGUUCUUGUGUCUCAAAACUGUGUCUGUAUCAUCUUCACCUGUUUACGACAGGUUGCUGGCAUCUGAAGAAUAUUUAAUAUUUACAUGAGAAAUUAAUUUCCUUAAGAAAAAAUGGUCCUCACACAAACAUAUCUAUCAGAAGGACACUAACUCACUUAAGCGGUGCCAGAUACUAAAUGCGUGAGGAGAUUAACUCCUCCCUUUACCAUGGGGACAAAGGUGGACAGUAUGCUGUUUUCAGGGACUAGGAAAUGCUUGUGCUACAACUUUAGCAUGGCUCUACUGAGCGUGAGGAGACGUCCCAAGGUUGUGACACCAGUCUCAGUUACCUCAUUUGCUGCAUUCUUAGUAUGUAGGUAGCAGUUCCUGAAGACACGUGAUGUACUACCCUGCAGCUACUUUGGUUUUUAAGCCCUAAAUUGCUUAAAAUAAAAAAAAAAUGAGUCUGGCUUCAAAGCAAAACGUAUAUGAGUAAUGGAAUUAUUUGGGUUUUUUUCAGUUGUUUUGUGUAUCUCAUCUUCACUUAUCCCAUGGGGUUGCCUCCUUCCUCUGUCAUGGCAUAUCCCAGUUUUAAUUUUGUCCCGUAACAGCUGGAUCGGCAAAAGCCACCUCUGUGCUGAGGCUGUUUCCAGGUGUGGCAGGUGGUGUCUGGUUCAGCAGCGGGACCAACAGAGCAGAGAGCUAAUGAGCUCUCACUGCAUCUUUGCUUCAGGGGAGGCAUUAAUAACAGCAUCUGCUUUGUUUUGCUGCUGUCCCUUUUGUGCUCUGAUUAGCCACUGUGCCACAGAUUUUCAAUAGCCUUUUAAGAACUUACUGACACCUUUAGUGUUCCUCAAGUUUGAUUGGAAUUGACCAGGCCUCUUAGGGUAGAAGAGAGAAUUCUAAACUAUUUCUUGUUUAUUGGAAGUUGUUUUAAAUAGUCUCUUAAUUCCUUAAAAUUUCAGAAGAAAAAUUCAAUUUAAUCAGCAUCCAUGAUAUUUGAUAUUUAUUAACAAAUAGUUUUGACGAUGCUUUAGGUUGCUACUGAAUUUCUUCCCAUACAAAACUUACACUCACUUAUUCCCUCCUCUAUUUUUGGUAGUCACAGGUGCCGUAACACUUCUCACAUAAUUUACUUCUAUUCUUGAUUGCAUUGAGCAGCUUAAUUGGAAAAAUAAUUUGUUUGAUUGAAGAAAUUAGACAAAUUACUCAAAUAAUGUGUCUGGCAACUCUGCUAGGAAGUACGGAGAAAAUGAGAUCAAACCCAAAUGUUUUAUAGUGUUUCAUAUUUAUUCUUCUGAAAUGUAGCACUGACAAAGCAAGUUUAGUCUUUCAGACUUUGCACUCACUAUAUUUGACCAGUGGUUAAAGCUGAAACGAGUUUGUAGAUUCUAAUUUUCCCAGUGCACUAUUGACUGUUUUGCUACCUUUAAUUUGUAAUUGAGCCUCUUCUAAUCAUUGAGGCCCUGGCUCAAGAAAGCAUGUAAGGCUGAACUUAAAUUGUAUUGACUAAAGCUGGUGCUUAAUGUUAAUAAGCACAUUCUUAAAUGCUGAUUUGAAUCAGGGUCUGAUGCCAUCAAGAGAAAUUACUUUACUUUGUCUGAGGCUGGACCUGAAUGUACUGUUUACAGUUAUACUUUUAUUUACAAAUAUUUUUCAGUAUUGAGUUAUGGUUGCUGUAUUUGUUUAUCUUUUUAUUGGGUUCUUAAAAAUGACAUUCACCUCUGCUGAAAGCCUCAUGCAUCAUUUAAGCCCCUGCACUAAUGGAAUAAAUGGAGCAAUGGAAGGGCUUUGUGCAUUGAACUGAAUAUAUCAGUGAGGAAAAUGUUUUGUGUAUUUUUAUUUGAUCUAAGGACUACAGAAACAUUUGUUUUAUUUCAAAAGUAUAUCACAAGUAAAGUAUCUGUAUGGAUGUUGUUAAAGCACCCUAAAAAUAAAGAAGAAAAGAUGUUUACUAAAAUAUGUUUAAAUUUGGUUUUGUAUGUGUUUAUACACAAACAUACGUGUGUAUGUGUGCAUACAGGUAUGUGCACAUCCACAGAGGCUCUCUGAAUGGUAACUGUGUUAUCAAAGGAAAAUUUAUUUGGGAAAGUAGAAAUUAAAAUUUCAAUGAAUUAUUUCAAACAGGUAUCAAAACUUUUGGACCAAUUAUCUGACCUGUCAUUGUUGCACUACACAUUUCAGACUCAUCCAAAACCUGCAGAUUAAAUGUGUUUUGUUGCAAUACCUUAACGGCUGCUGAUCUUUUAUUGUUCCUGUGCUAUGGUGUGGAAUGGUAAAGGAAGUAUAAUUUUCAGAGAAUAAAUGGUAAUUAUUUGAAUAAAUGCUAUUUCUCUAAACG